AUGAUGAUCGAGACGUUCGUUGGCAUGGCGCGGUAUUUGUCCUCGCGACACGACGACGACUGGAGCGACCGGCUGCACUACUCGAUCACCCCCAACAUUCUGCUCGCAUUCUCUGUGUUGAUCUCAUUCAAGCAAUUCGGUGGACGUCCAAUCGAAUGCAUGUUUCCCAACAAAUUUCCUGGAAGUUGGGAACAGUAUGCCGAAAACUACUGUUGGUCACAAGACACCUACUUUGUGGAACCGAAACAACAUGUGGAGCUGCUGAGACCCGACCAACGGUAUGCGACGGAGCGCCAAUUAUCCUACUAUCAAUGGGUUCCGUUCUUCCUGCUUCUUCAAGCUGCGUUCUUUCGAGCGCCAAGUUUCGUAUGGAGGUCAUUCUCCAAUCAUUCCGGUAUUCGAAUACAUGAAGUGGUAGGGAAAGCGAAGGAUGCGGCAAAUGUCGACGAAGAAGUACGGCAGAAGAACAUCACCAUUCUAGCUCGACACCUAGAAAACGCUCUUCAUUUUUACCGCGGAAUACCGAAACGACAGGGCAUCGUUAAAAAGACACUCCAAUGCUUUAACUACGAGUACUCGUCAGGAUUUGUGUCCAUCGCCUACCUCUUCAUCAAGGUUCUCUACCUCGGCAAUGUCGUACUGCAGCUGUGGUUAAUGAACUAUUUCCUUGGCACAAACAAGCACCAGUGGUAUGGUCUUGGCGUGAUCAAGGAUAUUAUCAACGGUGUCGAAUGGGAGUCAAGCGGGUAUUUUCCUAGAUCCGCUAUUUGUGACUUCGAGCUUAGCAGUCUGGAGCGUAACGACUCACAGUCACUAAGUGAGUCUCGAACUUUUCUAUAUAUUCCAAAGGAUGUCACCGCACUGCUCUCGUUGAUCGGAGUUGCUUUCGUACGAUCGUCAGUUUUGCGCAUUUUCAAAGCGAAGGGUGUUGCUUAUAACGUUCCAGAUUAUUCCACGAGCGUUGAUCGAUUCGUAUCUAACUAUCUUCAUCGCGACGGUGUUUUUGUCUUGCGUAUGGUCUCAUCACACGCCGGAAUCAUUUUCGGUAAAGAUCUCAUCCAUGCUUUGUGGAACGCGUUUUAUGGAAUUGAGAAGAAGGUAUCUAAACAAGAAUUCAGAUUUGCGAGCAUACAUACAAACUGCUACUAA